CAGAAAAAAAUCAAACCAAACCAAACCAAAUCACAUUACAUUAAUUUACUGUGUAAAGAGUUUUUCGUUUGAUGUGAAAUAAUGAUGAAUUCGUUUGGUUUGUUGUUGUUGUUGUUGUUCAUAAUACAGGCCGUUGUUACAACAAUAAAUGGUGAUCGUGUUGAGAUAUUAAUACCAAAAGGAUCGAUUGCUGGUGAAAAAUAUUCAUUAAAUGAUGGUCAUUCGGUAACUAGAUUUCUUGGCAUACCAUAUGCAAAACCACCAAUAGGAAAAUUACGAUUUAGACGUCCGGUGCCGAUUGAAAAAUGGAAUCAAACUAUUGAAGCAUUACAAUGGCCAAAUAAUUGUCAUCAAAAACCAAAAUUUUUACAUCGAUAUCAGAAUAAAAAUUUUGUUGAAGAUUGUCUUUAUCUAAAUAUUUGGUCACCAAAUGUUAAUGUUAAUGAAGAAAAUCUGAAACCAGUUUUAAUAUGGAUACAUGGUGGUGCUUUAAUUGAAGGUGGAACAAGUCAUAGUUUAUUUGAUUUAGCAAGAUUAUCGGUUAUGACUGAUGCUAUUACAGUUAGCAUUAAUUAUCGUUUAAAUGGUUUUGGAUUUUUUUAUUCGGAUCAAAUUGAUGAAAUCAAAGGUAAUCAAGGUUUAUGGGAUCAAACAAUGGCAUUACAAUGGAUAAAUGAUAAUAUACGUUAUUUUGGUGGUAAUCCAAAUUCAAUUACAUUGAUGGGAAAUAGUGCUGGAUCUUGGGCUGUUAGUUUACAUAUUCUUUCGCCUGUUUCAAGAAAUUUAUUCCAUAAUGCCAUUCUAUUGUCAGGUGCAGCAAAUUUUUAUGCAACAAAAAAUCCAAAAGAUUUUGUUCAAAAAUCUUUAGAUAUAAUACGUAUGAUUGGUUGUGCAAGCGAAGAUGAUAAUACUAUCACAGAAUCAAUUGUUGAAUGUAUGGAACAAAUUGAAAUGGAAAAAGUUGAAGAAUUAUCAAAGAUAAGAUCAUUAGUUGUAAUUGAUGGUGAAUUUUUACCAGAUCAUCCAAACAAUAUGAUUAAAUCGGGUAAUCAUAAAAAAGAUUUUAAUCUUUUAGUAAGUACGGUUGAAGAUGAAGGUUCAUUUAUAUUUGCACAAACAAAUUCAAGUUUCAGUAGUGAAGAAUUGUCAUUGAAUGAUGCAAAAUUUAUUUUACUUCAAUAUAUUGAUUUAUUUGUUUCAAAUCAUAAAUCAUUUGAUAAGGAUUCGAUGUUGAAAAUUUAUUUUAGUAAAUUUAAUGAAUUUUAUGAUGAUAGUGAUUUGUUUAAAAAACAAGUUGGUAUUGCAUUUGGUGAUUUAUUACUUACAUGUCCAACAUUAAAUUUUGCCAAACAAUUAUAUGAAUCCGAUUCAUCAACAAUAAAUGUUUAUCAAUGGUUUUAUAAGGCAAAAUUAGGACAACUGAAAGAUUUAUGUACAAAAUGGAGUGGUACAUGUCAUACAGAUGAAUUGUAUCCAUUAUUUGGUAAACCAUUUGAAUAUCGACAACAAUAUCAUAAUCGUGAACGUGAAAUAUCACAAGAAAUUAUUGAUUUUAUUAAAUCAUUCAUUCGAACAGGAAAACCCGGACAAACACAAAUGGAAUGGCAAAAAUAUUUUAAAACAAAUAAAAAUGAAAUCGAAACAAUUACAAUAACACCAUAUUAUGAAAUCGGCAAUAAUUAUAAAACACAUGAAAGUUUUAAAUUUAAUCUUAAACAAAUUGAAUGUGAAAUUAUAUGGAAUGCAUUUUAUCAAUGAAUAAUUGUAAUUGUAAUAAAUAAUAAAUAAAAAUUAU